GUCAUCAGUAACAAAAAUUUUACAUAAUAAAGAAAAAUGGCUAGAUGCUUCAUCUACAACCCAUCAUAAUACUUUGUGUUGUAGACAAGUGAGGUUUCCUGAACUAGAAAUAAGCAAUGAACAUAUGGAUUGGACAAAUAGCUUUCCUACCAAAAGUUCUAUGGAAAUUCCGGUAUUUAGUGUUCCUGAAACGAAGAAAGAAGAAAUCGAACCGGAAAAAGAAAUACUGAAAAAAAUAGAAUCGGUUCCUUCAACAUCUAAAAAUUCAGAGAUUAUUGACAUUCCUGAACCUAUCCUAAAAAAAUAUAACUUAUCCACCGAAUCUAAUCCAUCUCAAUUAUGUGUCUAUGCUAGUGAACUUGGCGCUAUGUUACCAGAUUGGAAAGCUCGUAAAAAUGUGAAAGAAGCUCUUCGUCGACGUCAAUUUAAAGAAGAACAGAUCAAGGCUCUUAUCUGA